AUGUCUUCUAAUUCCGAGUUUUCAUCAGUCGUGUUGUUGCUGUGUUCACUUGUCUGUUGCUGUGUUCAUGCGCAGUUGGAUGAUGCGAUGAGGAAUGAGUUGUUAGCUCUUCACAAUAAGGCAAGACAAUCUGUUCAAUAUGGUCAGCUUGUUGGGCAACCGAUAGCAGUCUCCAUAAAACCACUGAAAUGGAAUGUGGAAUUGGAAGCGAAAGCACAAAUUCUGUCUGAUCAAUGUCGUGUUGGACAUGAUACAAAUGAUGAUCGUAAAAUACCGGCAUUCCAAUAUGUUGGACAGAAUUGGGCCGGUGCGAAAGACAUAAACACCGGAUUCCAAUUAUGGUUGGAUGAAUACAAGAAUUACGACUUCUACACAAGAACAUGUCGUAUGGGUCAGUGUGGUCAUUAUACUCAGAAAUGGAAUGUGGAAUUGGAAGCGAAAGCACAAAUUCUGUCUGAUCAAUGUCGUGUUGGACAUGAUACAAAUGAUGAUCGUAAAAUACCGGCAUUCCAAUAUGUUGGACAGAAUUGGGCCGGUGCGAAAGACAUAAACACCGGAUUCCAAUUAUGGUUGGAUGAAUACAAGAAUUACGACUUCUACACGAGAACAUGUCGUAUGGGUCAGUGUGGUCAUUAUACUCAGAAAUGGAAUGUGGAAUUGGAAGCGAAAGCACAAAUUCUGUCUGAUCAAUGUCGUGUUGGACAUGAUACAAAUGCUGACCGUAAAAUACCGGCAUUCCAAUAUGUUGGACAGAAUUGGGCCGGUGCGAAAGACAUAAACACCGGAUUCCAAUUAUGGUUGGAUGAAUACAAGAAUUACGACUUCUACACAAGAACAUGUCGUAUGGGUCAGUGUGGUCAUUAUACUCAGAAAUGGAAUGUGGAAUUGGAAGCGAAAGCACAAAUUCUGUCUGAUCAAUGUCGUGUUGGACAUGAUACAAAUGCUGACCGUAAAAUACCGGCAUUCCAAUAUGUUGGACAGAAUUGGGCCGGUGCGAAAGACAUAAACACCGGAUUCCAAUUAUGGUUGGAUGAAUACAAGAAUUACGACUUCUACACAAGAACAUGUCGUAUGGGUCAGUGUGGUCAUUAUACUCAGACUGGAUAUUUAGUCUCAUUUUCAAAAGUUGCCUCAAAUAAUUUGCAAAUGGAGUUAAUGACAGAACGUUAUUUUCAAAGACCACUACGACUGAGUCACAGUGCAUCAAAUUUACCAGAUAUUUUGCAAUAUACAAGAUCAGGAUCUUCAGGAAGAUUUGAUGAUAUAACAGAAGGCAGUUAUCCAGCUAUUUAUACGCACAGGAAUAUCAGAUCAUUUGCACCCUGGCGCCCCAAGUCUCAUUUUUCCCCGGACCGAUUAUCUUAUUUUAAUGAUGACAAGUCAGCAAAAUCACUGGGUCCCAUUGUCAAUGUUACUGGAGAUUCGCUAGGUUUACAUGAACUGGAGGGUUUAAGAAUUCCUUCUAUAUACUCAGCUGCACGCAACGCUUUAUACACAAGAUAUACGCCUGCCGACUGGACUAAGGGUAACUUUACUCGGCUGUCAAACUCAGAGCAGGCAAUGAAGAGAGCUGAACAUAUAAGAGGAAAUGGAGAACGUUUGGGAGUUGAAGCAGAUGACAGAAUUAAACGAGCACAACAGGAAGUUGGCAGACUACUUGGUCAAAGAAUUAAUGAUAUCAAUUAUAUGAAACAUGAAUUAAAUAACGAAAUUGAUGCACUUAUUAAUGAAAUGAAUAAAUUAAAUGAAUCUAAACGAAUUGCUGAAAAAGCAUUCGCUGAAAUUGAAAAUCCAUUACAUAUUACACAAGAAUGUUUAUAUCAUCGGGAAAAACGUCAAUCUACUGACCUUGUACAUGAUCAACCAGAAAAAGCACUUUUAAAAGAAAUUGAUGGAGUAAAAGUUUGUCAAGAACAAAUUAAAAAUAUUAUAAAUCGUGCUACAGCACAAUUAAGUUUAUGUCGUAGUGUUCAACAUGAAUUAGAACAAGAUAGUUCAGAUAAAUUUAGAGCAUUACAAUUGGAUCAAUUAGCUCAUCAAUUACGUAAUUCAUCGGCUAAUAUUGCACUAUAUGGUGAUAUUGAGAAAUUAGAAAAAUGGAUGAGUGUACCGGAAAAAUGGGCUGAACACACAAGCGCUAAUUUAAAACGUUCUCAAGCUGAACGUGCAGCAAGUCGAUCUAUUCGUGAAGCAAUUGAACAUUGUUUAGGAGCAACAUUCAGUAGAAUACGUGAUUUAUGGUCUUCAACUAAUGCAUGUUUAUCUCAACGUAUACAAGAAACAAUGGAAGCUAAGAAUAGAAUACAAGUUCAAUUAGAAAAAAUUAAUCAAGAAUUAUUUGAUGUUGAGAAGAAUAUGGAAUAUUUAAAAAGAUGUAUAGCUGAUAAACAAGCACCACUGAAAGUGGCUAGAACAAGAUUGGAUUUACGUAAUCGACGUCCAAAUAUUGAAUUAUGUCAUGAUGAUCCACAUGAAAGAUUAUUACGUGAAAUAGCAGAAUUACAAGAAUCAAUUGAUCAACUUGUCAGUCAAUUAACAGAUAUACAAACAGCACAUCAAGAUUUAUUAAAUAAUAAAAGUCGUUUAGAAAUGGAUUUAUCUAUUAAAGCUAAUAGUAUAUAUAUUGAUCGUGAAAAAUGUUUAGGUUUACGUAAAACAUUUCCAAUGAAUCCUUCUUUAAUUGCACCAGUUUAAUGUAUAAUAUACUUUUUUCUUUCUUUCUCUUUCUUGUUUCUAAGAAAAAAAAUGAGACAUAAAAAAAAGAAAAUACUAGUAACUAUUGCUUAUUAUAGACAAGACGUUCUUUUUUGUUUUCUUAAUGUUACAGUCUUUUUUUAAUUCUAUAUUAUUUAUAAAUAGUUAUAAAUAGUUACUAAGUCUAUUCUAAUAAUAGUAAUGGUAAUAAAAAAUGAUACACCCCGAAAUUUUACUAACCAACUACCACCCACUUAAUCAAUUCCGCACUAUCUUUUUUUCUCAAUCUUUAUUGAUUAGUUGAUUAGUAGUAACAUGAUAAAUUAUAUCUGUGUAUGUAUUUUACUACAUGAAUGUACUCAUAUUUAUUUGUUGUACUAUUUAUUGUAACUCAUGAAUGAUCCAUGUUUCCGUUAGUUCUAGGGAAUUUAAAGAAUAUAACAGACGGAUUGAAGAAUACAUUUACAAACAUAUACGUACAUACACACACAUACAUACAUUGAUCUGUAAAAAAAAUAAUAAGUAAUUGUGUUCAAAUAUACGUCAAUCCAUAUAGUAACUGUUGAUCAUAUGUAGUUUUAUAUAAUUGAAAAAACAUUUCAGAAAAUUCUCUUCAUUUAUUUGUUUUACUAUUUUUAUUACAACCAUUUUUGUUUUCUAAAAACAAAUUAACACUUUUCAUCGCUUUCUUCAUGAAUUUUAUUUGAAUUCAUGUUGUUAACAUUCAAUUACUUUUUAUGAAUCUAAUAUUUUAUAAUUCUGUAAUCAUCAUUAUUAUUACUAUGAUUAUUAUCAGUAGUUUUAGUAGUAUAGUUUGUGUUAUAUAAUUCAUUGUUUGUUUUGUUUUUUAUUUUUCUCUUAUUCAAUAUAAUAAUAUAAUACAACACCGGCACAACUGUGAUAAUUGUACAAAAUAAUUAUAAAUAACCAAUAUAACAAACAACAUUAUUGAUCGUGACAUGAAUAUUAAAAAAAAAUAUUGAAAAAAAAUUGAUAAUAUUGAUUAUUGAUUCAUUAUAAUAUUGAUUUAUCAAUGAAUUAACUAAUCAGGUUAUAAAGUAUUGUAUGUUAUAUCUAUUCUUUACAAUUUCCUUUUACUUUUAUAUUGAUUUAGUUUUGAUUAGUGAUAAUAUGUAUUGAUGUUGGAUAUCCAUGAACUCACUAUAUUGUUUUGUUUGUUUUGUUUUGUUUUUAAUUUUAAUUCUUUCAUGAAUGUAUUCAUGUCAUGCCGUCGGCCUUGACAACAAAAACUAUUUUAAAUAUAUACGUAUAUAUAUAUAUCUUUGUCGAUUUGACAAAUCAUGUCUUUCUUAUUAUUAUUAUUAUUAUUAUUAUUAUUACAAGUAAUAGUACUAUUGUUAGUACUUACAAUUGUGUGAACUGAAUAGUCAUUAAAUAAUUAACAAUCUAUAUAGAUACAUAUCAUUAAAUGUAAUAAUGAUUAUUACAAUUAGUUUAAUUGUUUUCAUUUCUAGAAACUAAGCACUUUAAUUAAUUAAUUAACUUUAUCAAUAAAAAUUAAUUAAAAUUAUAUAUAAUAAAGGAAAUGGUUGUAUAGUUUUGAAUAAGUAAAACACCAUAAUGAGGUUAUAUUGAAUAUUUUCAAUAAUUUAGUAAAGUGUUAUGUUGAGUAAGAUUGAUCACUUUCUAUUUAUUCAGGAGAUUAAUAUUACAUAUAAGAGUGUGAUUUUUAUCAUUUGAAG